AUGUCGACAAAGGGGUUGAUUGUAGCCAGAGAAAAACCUUUUCAGCAAACUAAGAACGUAUCUACUCCAAUGCGUGUUCCCAUGAGGAGGCCUGGCCUUGGAUCUAGAGGCCAAAGGAUUCCACUUCUUACCAACCAUUUCCAGGUAGGAAUGAACAAAUCCAAAGAUGACUUUUACCACUAUAGUAUUGCUAUGCAAUAUGAUGAUGGUACUCCAGUUGAUGGGAAAUGUGUUGGACGCAAAGUUCUUGAUAAAGUUAAAGAGGUUUACGGCAAGGAGCUAGCAUACAAAGAAUUUGCUUAUGAUGGAGAGAAGACCUUGUUUACUGGUGGACAACUCCCUCAUAAAAGACUUGAAUUCAUGAUAGUACUGGAUGACAUAUCAGCGAGCACGUCUGGGGGCUCUGGACGCCAAGAGAGGGAGGGUAAUAGGAAGAGAGUAAAGCAGUUCUUUCGAUCCAAAAAAAUAAAGGUGCAGUUCAACUUGGCUGCUAUAAUCCCAAUGCAAGCUAUUGCGAACGUCUUACGAGGUCAGAACUCUGGCCAGUUUCAGGAAGCAGUUAGAGUUCUUGACAUUAUCCUAAGGCAGAAUGCAGCAAAGCAGGGUUGUCUCCUUGUUCGACAGUCUUUCUUCCAUAACAGCCCGAGGAACUUCAUAGAGGUUGGAGGAGGCGUGUUAGGCUGUAGGGGUUUCCAUUCAAGCUUCCAGGCCACGCAAGGCGGCCUGUCUCUCAAUAUGGAUGUAUCCACUACAAUGAUUCUAAAGCCUGGUCCUGUUGUGAAUUUCCUCAUGGAGAACCAACAUGUCAGAGAUCCUUACCAGAUUGAUUGGUACAAGGCUAAGAGGAUGCUGAAAAAUCUGAAGAUUGUGACCUAUGCCUCCAAGAAGGAGUACAAAAUCACUGGAUUGAGUGAUAAACCCUGCAGACAGCAGAUGUUCUUUUUGAAAGCAAAGCGAGGAGACUAUGGAGAUGGAGUAGAGAUCUCAGUUUAUGAAUAUUAUGCUCAGUAUAAGCAGAUGCCGUUACGCGAUUCAGCAAACUUUCCAUGCAUUAAUGUUGGAAAACCAAAGAAACCAACCUACUUUCCUCUUGAGCUUUGUGAAUUGGUUUCUUUGCAACGCUAUACCAAGUCCUUAUCUAAUGUCCAAAGGGUUUCACUAGUGGAGAAGUCUAGGCAGAAGCCGCCGGAGCGAAUGUCAACUUUGCGUGAUGGACUGAGGAGUAGUAAGUAUGAGGAAGACAUGAUGCUUCGGUCUGCUGGAAUAUCGAUUAGUACAGAGCUCAUGCCGGUUGAAGGUCGUGUGUUGUCAGCUCCAAAGUUGAGAGUGGGAAAUGGGGAUGUCAUUUUUCCUAGGAAUGGCAAAUGGAAUUUCAACAAUAAAACGCUAGUACAUCCUGUAAAACUAGAACGGUGGGCUGUUGUGAACUUCUCUGCUCGCUGCGACAUUCCGUACCUGGUGGACACUAUGAUGAGGUGUGCAGACAUGAAAGGAAUUUCCAUGGAUCCUCCAUUUGAUGUGUUUGAAGAGAAUGUUCAGUACAGACGUCAGUCAGCUCCGGUUAGAGUAGAAAAGAUGUUCGAAUACGUUAAGUCCAAACUUCCAAGGCCACCGCAGUUAUUGUUGUGCAUUCUUCCAGAGAGGAAGAAUUCCGAGCUAUAUGGUCCAUGGAAAAGGAAGAACCUUUCGGACAAUGGGAUUGCAACACAGUGCAUUGCACCUACGAAAGUGAACGAUCAAUACAUCACCAAUGUGCUUCUGAAGAUAAAUGCAAAGCUAGGUGGAAUGAACUCCUUGCUAACUGUGGAGCAUGUUCCUUCUCUACCCUUGGUUUCCAAGUCCCCCACUAUGAUAUUAGGGAUGGAUGUGUCACAUGGCUCACCUGGGCAGUCAUAUAUGCCUUCUAUUGCAGCAGCGGUCAGUUCUAGGCACUGGCCUUUGAUUUCUCGUUACCGAGCUGCCGUUCGUACUCAGUCACCAAAAACCGAGAUAAUUGCUAAUCUUUUCAAUCCAGUGUCUGAUAAAGUGGACAAAGGCAUAGUCAACGAACUUUUGCUAGACUUCUACAACACUUCAAACCACAGGAAACCAGAGCAGAUUAUUAUCUUCAGGGAUGGAGUGAGUGAAUCAGAGUUCAACCAAGUCUUGAAUCUGGAAUUGGAUCAGAUUAUUAAAGCCUGCAAGUUCAUUGAAGAGAGCUGGUCGCCGAAGUUCAUGGUUAUUAUUGCACAAAAGAGACAUCAUACAAAGUUCUUUCAGGCUGGUGGUUCAGCAGAUAAUGUUCCCCCCGGGACUAUCGUCGACAACAAAGUCUGUGAUCCAAAGAACAACGAUUUCUACAUGUGUUCUCAUGCUGGGACGCUUGGAACAAGUCGGCCUACUCAUUAUCAUGUUCUAUAUGAUGAACUUGGCUUUUCAGCUGAUGACUUGCAAGAACUUGUGCAUUCUUUGUCAUAUGUUUAUCAAAGGAGCAGCACGGCCGUGUCUCUAGUUGCCCCAGUAUGCUAUGCCCAUCUAGCAGCAGCACAGAUGAGUCAGUUCAUCAAGUUUGAUGAAAUGUCAGAGACUGGCUCAAGCCGAGGUGGUGUUACUUGUGCUGGACCUGUGCCAGUGCAGGAAAUACCUAGGCUACAUAAAAACGUCGUCAAUUCCAUGUUCUUCUGUUGA